AUGCAUGCGUUUUCCUCGACGGUGACGUAUAGUCCAAGCUUCAGUUGCUACGCUUCCGAUGAGUUCGCCGCCGCCGUUAAAGUUUCCCGCGAAAUCCAUAGCUACAAUAAUCAACAUUCCGACAUGGACGAAGUCCUUGACUUCGAGUUCGAAACGUCGCCGUUACACGAAGAGACUUUCGUCCACUUCCCGACGUUCGCAAUCGACGCCGUUUUGGUGAGCAAAAAGAAAGACAAUGACGUGGCAGCCUCCGCUGCAUGGAAGAGUACUUCGCCUUCUCCUUCGUGGCCGGAAUUAGAAGAGUUUGAGGACUUCUCAAGCAACUGCCUAUGGAGUCCACUCUGUUCGCCGGCGACUUCGAAGAUAUCGAAACGGCGCCGUUUAAAGAAUUUUCUGACGAGAAGCCAUAGCGACGGUGCCGUAUCGAAAGGUUGCUCUUUCAAGGGUUUUAUGAGAAGGAGUCACAGCAACGGAAGCAAGAGUUCUAGCUCGCCGGCCGUGAAAGGGAGAGAUAAAACGGCGUCGUAUAAGCCGCCGAUCAUCGGAGAAGGAGAUAAGCGAAGAACGUCUUAUUUGCCCUACCGGCAAGAUUUGAUCGGAGUGUUCGCCGUGAUGCGAAGAUUACGUCAUUAA